UAUCUGUCUUUCCCUGAUUUUUGGUGACUGAAAAAGAGAAUGGGGAAAGGCAGAGCUCCAUGCUGUGACAAGGAGAAAGUGAAGAGAGGUCCAUGGAGUCCUUCAGAGGAUUUGAGUCUCAUUACUUUUAUUCACAAACAUGGCCAUCCCAACUGGAGAUCUCUCCCUAAACAAGCUGGGCUAUUGAGAUGUGGAAAGAGUUGCCGUUUGAGAUGGAUUAAUUAUCUAAGGCCUGAUGUCAAGCGUGGGAACUUCACCAAAUAUGAAGAAGACACAAUCAUGAGGUUACAUGAAACUUUGGGAAACAAGUGGUCUAAAAUAGCAUCGCAUUUACCUGGAAGAACAGACAAUGAGAUAAAGAAUGUGUGGAACACUCAUCUGAAAAAGAGAUUGGCUUCAAAGAUUGGAAAUACUCAUCAAAAAGAUAAACCCAAGGAAUCUUCCAUGGCCUCAUCAUUAUCAAGUUCAUGUAUCUCAUCAAAUGGCAAAAACUCUGAAGAGAAACGUGCGAUGGCAGUAUCAGACAAAGCUCAAGACUUCAAAACUGAUCAGCUAUCAAACCAUGGCAACAGCAGGCCAUCCGAGGAGCUGGAAGGAUUGUCGAGUUCUUCGAUCACUUCCAACACCACGAAUUCAGGUCAGGUAGGAGUUUCAAACCCAGAAGACCGAGCAGGGUCAUUGUUCAACUUCAUGGGAGGUUAUUUUGAUGCUAAUAACAACACGUCGGAGGAGGUAAACAAGCCGGAUAUCCUCGACAACGCCCUUGACAUCCCAUUCGAGUCCGAUUUGGAGUUUUGGAACAUGUUAGAUGGCUUAGGACCGUUCCAACCCGAUGGGAUCGAAUCACAUGACGGCACCCAGAGCUUGGAUUAUGGAGAAUUUGAAAAGAACAAGUGGUUGGUUUACUUGGAACAUGAACUAGGGUUACAGUCAAAGGAUGGUGGUGAGGCUGAGCCACUGGUUCCUAAGAUGAAUGACAUGGUGCUGAGGGCAGAAGGUGCAAUGGGCAUGGGUCAUUAUCACAACACGGUUCAGCCAUAUGAGCCAAAUUCAACCAAGUAGCUCUUACAGGGCUUAACCAGUGGCUAUACCAUGUUAUAAAUAUACUUUAGGGUUUACCUAACUUGUUCAAAUAGGUCCUUUUAGAUGCAUGAUGGAUAAAAUAAACAAUUUAUCUCAUCUUUGGGUUUAUGCAGUAGACAUUGUAG